AAAAGCCCUAAUAGAUGGCGGCAAUUCUUACUUCAGUUCUUUCCUCCUCUCCUUCCAUUCGGUCCGUUGUGCACAAUAAACUAAACGUGCUUGAAGGCAAUGAUCGAUUGAGAACUUGAGAAGAGGACGUCUUAUUUCGUCAGCCACAUGCUUCUCUCUACCAAAAUGCUUCCCCAUAAACAUGGCGGCCUCGAAGCCAGUUUUCCAAUGACGAACCAGAGACGCUGUUGAUUUCCGAUCCAUAUUCCAGUGAAUGGGCUGGAGAAGAGCUGCUUCAGUUUUUCUGAGCCGCAUAUCGUUAACUUCUAAAUCUCCCGUCCCAAUUCCUUUCGCCAAUUCAAGACCUCCACAUUUCUUGCAUUUUUUAAACCCCGUGUUUCGUUUUCAAUGUUGGAGCCCAUUUUCCGCCGUUGCAUCUCCCAUUUCUUUUACUGCUAAUCAAUUUGAAUCCGAGUUUGAUCAUUCCUAUGAUUUCAAGCCGGAAGAUGUUGACGAAAUUGGUAGAAUUCCCAUCAAAGCUUACUUCCUUUGCACCAGUAUAAAUUUGAAGAAUAUGCAGUCUGAGAAUAUAAGCAACGUUGUCCCUCCUACCUCCCGCUCGUCAAAUUAUAUCGCUCUGCGAUACGUCGAUUUCCCUCGAGAAACUUCCGACGUUCGGGUUAAAGGGGGUGACACAAGUUGCUACAGAUACAUGGUUGUAUUUCAAUAUGGCUCUGCUGUUCUGUUUAACAUUGAAGAUCAUGAAGUUGAAAGUUAUCUAGAUUUGGUCAGAAGACAUGCUUCUGGUUUGCUUCCAGAAAUAAGGAAGGAUGAUUAUGCUGUGAAAGAGAAGCCAUAUUUGGUCGAUGAUAUGCAGGGAGGUCCUGAUUACAUUGUUCUCAAGAGUUUAGACACUGAUGGUGUUCGCAUUAUUGGAAGUGUGCUAGGUCAAAGCAUUGCUUUGGACUACUUUGUAUCACAGGUCGAUAGUUUGGUUGAAGAGUUUUCAGAUAUAAAUCGUAAAAUGGAGAAAACAGGAACGUUCACUAUGGAUAAGAAAAAGCUCCUUCAACUUGUUGGGAAGGCUAAUUCAAAUCUAGCAGAUGUAAUUCUCAAAGUUGGUCUUUUCGAAAGAUCAGAAAUUGCAUGGAGGGAUGCAAAAUAUGCUCAAAUAUAUGAGUACCUUCGGGAAGAGUAUGAGGUCACCCAACGCUUUGGAAAUUUAGAUUUCAAAUUGAAGUUUGUGGAGCAUAACAUUCAUUUUCUUCAAGAAGUCCUCCAGAAUAGGAAGUCAGAUCUCUUGGAAUGGUGCAUCAUUGGCCUUUUGACCAUUGAAAACAUUAUAUCAUUAUAUGAGAUUGUUAAAGAUUCAACUCCUAUCCAACUCUGAUUUGCCCGCGUAGCAGAUGGAAAUUUUGCUGUGGAAUUAGUGAAGUUAAGUUGUUGGUUGUACUAAUUAUUCUUUCAGAAAGAAAAUAAUCUGAUUUUCUUACAUUAUUCUUUUGAUUUGAACCUCCGACUCCAAGGAGUGGAUGAGUGUAUGUCAAUUACUGUUGAAUUAUGCGCAUGUGACUUACAUUAUUAUAUUAGAAAUGAACGCUCAGAAACACAGGCUUUAUCUGGGUUCAA